AUGCAGCUUAGCACAGGUUCAGCCAUGGGUGAGGGUGGUGGGAGCCUUUCCGCCUUUGGCCCCUCGCAGCGACAACAAACAGAUACGGCCGCCAACUCCCGCAUCACUGAAAUCGAAUCGCCCUCUCAGGGCCAACCAUGGGCACCUAUGGCGACCGCCGCCGCACACGAAGCAGACAGAGGCUUUCACCUUAGCCAAGCGAGAGGGCAUAGGCCACCCGCUGAUUUCCGUGUGCCCGAUUACAGUGGCCAUCACCGUCACGGCCUGUCGUCAAGCCGGCCCUACCGCGCUGAUUGGGGAGAGAUGGAUGGCCCGAUUUUCGACCGCCAGCCUCGCCCGCUCAUGGGGGAGGAACCUAUCCAUAGCUCAGAUCUCGCUUUGGUUCCUUCUCCUCGUCGUCGACACCAACGAAGCUCUCGGACAUCGCUUCAUCACCAGCCGGCAAUGUACAGCGCGCGCCCUCCGGAAACGCACGUUCCCAGCUUGACGAGGUCCUCUACGGCACCGCACUCGCAGCGGAAGUCUUAUUACGAGGAUGAUCUGUCCAGACCAGACAGUCGCCGGAGCGGCUCGCGGCGCGACACAAGCCCUCGCUCGCAUCCCUACCAAUCAGCGCCUGGGUCCCCGGCGACAUCGCUCACCGAUCCUGACAGCGACAGUGAUGACUCCACCUGCUCAAGAGGCCAUUACGAAAGGCGCCAGCAUGGCGCACGUUCCAGGGAUGCUUUGCCUGACCGGUACCAGUCUAACAGGAGACAGAGACGCCAUCUCAACCAUGACGACGUAAUACUAGAGGAGGACGAUGAUCGUAGAUCGGGGCAUGCCGCUUCUCUCUCAAGACGACAGACGCAGCCCGUGGCCGGAUCGUUUUCGCAUGGGAGAGACCGCCAUUACACGACUCAUCGGAACCAAAGACCGACUCCUGAAUUUGACGAAGAGCUUGCUUCUAGCCCAGAGUCUAGAAGGAGACAUCACCAUUCUAGCCAGUCUCACAUGUCACAGCCACCAAGACCAGUUUAUGUCACAGACGGCUCUGACACAGGGUCUUCCCUUUCAAGAAGUAUUGUGGACAAUGGCCCACCUAAGCACUGCGGCAAGAGAAUUAAGCCUGAUGAUGUGCACCAUACGGAGGAGGGACACAAGUAUGGCAUCUGUGGCCACUGCAGGACAAGGGUCUGCUAUAUGUGUGGAACCAAGUGGAAGAGUUGCGAUUGUCCUCCAGUGCCUCGGAGAGGAGAGUAUGGCUACUUGGCAGCAGAGCGGGACGAAAAUCCUCCCACAUCAUCGUCUCAUCAGAUAAAGAGAUCUGGCAUCAGGAACACGGAGUAUUGCCAACAGCCUAGCGGGAUUUAUUCGCCCCCAGAAUCACCAACUUGCGAGAAAUCUACACGCUCAACCCUCGACUCUUAUGGCUCCCCUGGAUCUCGCGAUAGCCGUGCAUACCACGAGCGCCAGCAGCUUGGGUCACGAGUCACUGCCAAAGACCAUGAAGAUGAUCAUCUGAUAAGGUCGAUGCAUGAAAGGCAAGGUGAAGACCUCGAGCGUAGGCUACGGGGCUUACCUUGUCCGGAAGGGACGACUGACAAAUACUACGCUGACGAAGCAUCAGAAGCGAUGCAAUCGCCGCAGUCUACAGCACUGACGCACUCUCGUCUCGGGGCUAUGGUACCUGUCGCCGCUCCGCUACCACCGCAGAAUCACUCUGAUUCCGAUUUUUAUGCUUUGGGUCCGGUGUACAGCAACAAUUCAUGUGCCCACCCAGUACCGCCUCCCGCUGUACCCAUGGCUCCGCCCCCGAACGACUACCAUGACGCAUCUCCGCCGCGAUCGAAUCAUAGGGCACCCAUGUCUCCCGCAUUUGAUUCAGUGCCUUAUCCACAAAAUUAUCCUUCAUCGCAGCCUCCCUUGCACCUGGACGAACCAAUGUACGCACACUCGUACCCGCCGGCCCCAGUGCCACCUCAGGUUCAAGCGUCACCGCGAUGUCCGCCUGAACCUCAGGCAGAUCCGCACUGGCAAUACGACGCUCCGAGGUCUCGGCAACGAGAGCACUCGUCUCCCGCGUCGUAUUCACGUUCUUUACCUCAACCCUCAAGUGUCGUUCCGCCUCCGGUGCCCAUGCCACCGCCCGCCGUGCCCAUUGCGCCUUCGGCAUCUGCCAGAAUGCCAGAGCUGCCUGAACACCACCUUGUACGAGCAACUCAGGCUCCACACGCGGCUCCUUCCCCUCCCCCGGAAUCUGAGAGACACAGUCGGCACGGCGAUUAUGUGUCGAGUGUUAACAAGGCGCGAACGAGGCGAUCAUCUGUGGAAAGGCGCAUGGCUGACCGCUUCAAUCCGGAACUCCGGCAUAACUAUGAUUUGACUCCACCUUACGCCCUUGCCUCUACCGUGCCUCUGGUUGUUCACCCGGGACCUCUAUUGCAUGGAACUGCGCCUCCUCCAUCGAUAGUUUCACUACAUCAUGCUCCGGCACCCAUGCAUCCUCAUGUGCCAUUGGCAUCCCCUGCCCAUCAACACCAGCACACUCCUCCUCGCUCGCAACAUCCACCCAUGUAUCCUUACGCCUCACCUGUGAUUCCAGUUGCCAUACCACUGCACCAGAGGCCAUCGGUUCCUAUGAUGCCACAUAUGCCCCUGGGUCCUGUGCCACACCAAGCGAUUCCCGUCACCCCGGGUCCCCCCUUUGCAAGUAUGCCGCGGAGGCAUACUAUGGACGAUGAAAUUUUCGGCAGCAAUAACUCACGUAGCACCCGAUCCUCAGACCUGGGACAGUCUGGAGGUCCUGGCCGGCGGAGCCGCCGCCAUGCAGAAAGCGACGACAAGCACGGUGCGAAUGGUGGUGAAAGCCAUUCGCCCAGCAGAAGCAGUAGCCGUAGGCGCCAGCGGCAAAAGAGCGAAUCUUUGUCGACGCCCACAUCAUCCAGACGCCAUCAUCAUAACGAAGCCCCUUACCGUGAAGACGAACAGGAGAAGCCGUCGGACUCGAGUCUCGCAGGGCUUUCGGGCUCCGGUCGAGGCAUGAACCGCGUCUAUGAGUGGAACAAGCACGUUGUGAUGGGCAGUCCGCCUGAGCCGUCGGCUGCUCCUCCAUCCUCGGUGGGAUCUUGA